UGCAAUGGGUGGAGCAUGGGGGAGCAUAAAACCAGGAGGCAAUCAGGAUUCUGUCUCAGAAGUUUCCCAGCUAGCUCAGAACUUCUCCACCUGGCGCCGUAUUUGCAUCACUUCCACCUGCUGCCUUCCCCUAUCAUCUGGGGAUUUCCAACAUGUUGCUUCAAACCUCAUAGUGAAGAUCAAUCACCAAUUUGGAAGCCAACAGAUUGCCUAGAAAUGAGCAACUGGAGGUUCAUUGUUGGUGCUAUCGGAGCGAUAUGCAUUAUCGUCUUGAUCAUUGUCCUCGGGGCCAUGUUUGGCAAGGUGGAGGACGAGGGCGAGAUUCCUGAAAGGAAGCUGGGGAAGAUCCUCGUCCAAACGGAGUGCCCGCAGGAUUACGGGUCGCGCCCCUUGCUCGUCGUCUCCAUGGACGGGUUCCGGGCUGACUACCUGACGAGGAACCUGACGCCGACCCUGCAGGAAUUCGCUGACGAGGGCGUCGCCGCCGAGUACAUGAUUCCCUCGUACCCUACCCUGACUUUUCCCAAUCAUUAUUCUAUUGUUACGGGAUUGUAUCCCGAGUCCCACGGGAUCAUUCGCAACAACUUCUUCGAUCCUGUUUUCAAGGAGACGUUUUCCUACAAGAACAACCACAUGACCGAGGGGAGAUGGUGGGGAGGGGAGCCCAUUUGGAACACCCUCAACAAACAGGGAAAGAAGAGUGCUACUUACUUCUGGCCUGGUUCCGACGCCUUCAUCAAAGACGGUCAGCCAACCUACUGGAUGAAAUACGACGGAGCAAAACCUUAUAACGCCAGGAUAGAACAGGUACUCGACUGGCUCAUGCUCCCAGAAGAAGAGCGUCCACACUGGAUUACUUUGUACUUCAGUGAACCAGAUUACACGGGCCAUGCUCAUGGGCCGAAUUCUGAGGAGCUUAACGAUGAAUUGAGAAUGAUGGACUAUUACAUCAGCACUCUGCUAGAGGGGCUGGUGGAGAGGAACAUCCUAAACUGUGUCAACAUCAUUCUCUUGUCCGACCACGGUCUUGCUCAAGGAGAUAAGAUCCUGAGCUUGAUGGAUUAUGUUCAUGACAUCAAAGAGCACGCCUCGUUCAAAGGUGGCGCCAGCGGGAAAAUUUCUCUCAAACAACGAAGCAAAGAGGCCGCGCUAGAAAUAAUGCGCCAGUUGUCCUGCAGACGUGAAGAGAUGAGGGUGUACAAUCCGAAAGGUCUCCCUAAGAGGGUCCACUUCUCCUAUAACAGGCGGAUAGAAGAUCUCAUCAUCGACGUCGACCCCGGCUACGCCUUGAAUCUCAAGCCGAUGGACUGGGUUAUGGGCGGAGUGCAUGGCUAUGACAACAUCUUCCCCGAGAUGAACACUAUAUUCAUGGCACGUGGUCCGGAUUUCCAGUCGAGCCUCAAGGUGAAACCGUUCCAGAACAUUGAGGUGUAUAAUCUUAUGUGUCACCUGACAGGUGUAACACCUGCUGAGAAUAACGGCACCUGGGGUGCCCUCCACCACAUGCUGCGGACUCCUCCAGAAGCACCGCAGAUCGAGGAACAUGAAAGACCGCCAGUUUUGAGAUACCCAAGUAACAGCCUUGGGAGCUACGUUGGGGAUUCCGGAUGCGAGGGAGAUGCAACAAUUCUUGAGCCCUGGAUGCCCUCCCUUGACCUGACACAAGAACAGGAGGAGAAAAUAGAGACCUACCAUGCGCCAUGGGGCAUCCCCACCAUAAACAACAGCGUCGUCAACGUCUCCAUCUUGUACCACAUGGACCGUAUCACAGGUUAUUCUUCUGCGAUACAAAUGCCUCUGUGGACAAGUUUCUCCGUCUAUCCUUAUCAGAUUGAUAAUUUCCGUAAUAAUCUAGACGGUUCUAGGUGGUCCAGCGAUGCAAGAUUAUCACCUGAUAUGACGUCUACCUGUACUGCUUACAAUGUGCUCAAAAGACUGAACUUUUCCAUGUUACCGCUGUUCCCAUCAGCGUUCAGCCGAAAUCACACAGAGGGUUGGGACACGUCUCACCUGAUUAGCAAUGCCAUCCCAGUGAGUCAGGAUGUCAGGGACCGAUGGCAAGGACUCCUCAGCACCCUGGCCCCGGCAUGGAUCGAGUCCCAAGGACCCCUGAACUUCGUCCUCGGUCCGGUUUUCGAUUACGAUUCGAACUCUCAUCCGGAUAAUUUUUCUGCCUUCAGCAAAAAGCCAGCGGUACCCACUGACCUGUUCUGUGUACUGACCCGAUGUCAGGAGGAAGUCAGGACCUUAGACAGAUGCCCCUUCGAGGAACUAGACAGCAUAGCUUUCAUCUUUCAUCAAGAUCAGCCGAUUAGUAACUGCUUGAGUCUAGACGAAUUCGCCCUGAAAUUCACCAGCAGAGUGAAGGACGUCGAGUUAGUCACGGACCUCACCUUGUUCCCGAAGGUGCCCUUCGAAACUCGGGUGCAUCAGAUUCUUCGAAUACACCCCCAGCUGUGGCCGCUGUAGCGAUGUCGUCCUACAUUAUAAUGCGUCGUUUAAUUAAAUCGCUCAGUGAGCCGAUUGCGACUGCAUCUCUUGUGAGAGUGACAGCCUCGUGUGAUGUACAGGGCUGUCAUGUCACUAAUCUAUGUUCGCUCACUUCCGAGCGUAAAAUCAUUAUAUAUAUAAAUAUAUAUUUAUACUGACAGCGGUCUUAAAUAUUUUGUACACAUAUUGUGUAAUGUUUGUAACAUGUACAUAACCAUAUCUUAAAUAAUAUAAAGAUGAUAGUCGUGA